GAUAGUUUCUUUGUCCUUGUUUUCUCCUCCCAGACCUUAGCUGAACUUGACAGUGGUCCAGGGGAACCAGCCUGGCAUUCGGGACAAGCCCUGGACUUGGAGGAGUCUGUGUCACGACAGAGGUGGUGCAGUGUGGGGGGUAAAGGGUGCCUCUCCCUGGCUGCUGGCCUUGGGCAAGUGAGUCCCCCUCUCUGAGUCUCAGUUUCUUCAUCUGUCAAAUGGGAACAGGUAAUCACGUAUCCUGGAAGCACACAGGGAGGCAGUGAAGCUCGUGUUCCCUUUCUCCUCCGGCAGGGAGCUGUCCCUUUAACCCGGGAGGAGGGGCCAGGGCCACGGGAGGCUGGCAGAGCGGUGCUCAGGCAGGCUUGUGGGCAGUGGGCUGGGGCUGAGCUGCUCUGGGGACCUCUGGAAAAGAAGGCCAUGCAGGUGGAUGCUGGGAUGGAAGCCUCUCUGGCCAAGUGUGCUCGGGGGAAGCCCUUCCACAUAGUCACACCUCUGCUGGAGAGCUGGCCACUGUCCCAGAUGGCGGGCACACCUGUCCUCCUCAAGUAUGAGAAUGUGCAGCCCACAGGCUCCUUCAAGAUCCGUGGCAUCGGGCAUUUCUGCCAGGAGAUGGUCAAAAAAGGAUACAGACAUUUCGUGUGCCCCUCAGGGAGCAACGCGGGCAUUGCUACUGCUUAUGCGGCCAGGAACCUGGGCAUCCCAGCCACCAUUGUGCUCCCUGAGAGCACCUCUCUGCAGGUGGUGAGGAGGCUGCAGGGGGAGGGGGCUGAGGUUCAGCUGACUGGAAAGGUCUGGGAUGAGGCCAAUCUGAGAGCACAAGAGUUGGCCAAGAAUGACGGCUGGGUGAAUGUCCCCCCAUUUGACCACCCCCUGAUAUGGGAAGGCCACAGUAGCUUGGUGCACGAGCUGAAGGCAGAGCUGCGGACCCCACCAGGUGCCCUGGUGCUGGCAGUGGGGGGUGGAGGUCUCCUGGCUGGGGUGUCGGCCGGUCUGGCAGAGGUGGGCUGGCAGCAUGUGCCCAUUAUCGCCAUGGAGACUCAAGGGGCACACUGUUUCAACGCAGCCGUCAAGGCAGGCAGGCUGGUGACACUGCCGGAUAUCACCAGUGUGGCCAAGUGCCUAGGUGCCAAGACGGUGGCUGCGCGGGCCCUGGCGUGUACAAAGGAGUUUGAGAUCUUCUCUGAGGUGGUGGAGGAUGUUGAGGCUGUGAGUGCUGUGCAGCGGUUCCUGGAUGACCAGCGAAUGUUGGUGGAGCCUGCCUGUGGGGCAGCCUUAGCUGCCAUCUACUCAGGCCUCCUGGGGAGGCUCCAGGCUGAGGGCCGCCUCCACCCUUCCCUGGAUUCAGUCGUGGUCAUUGUGUGCGGAGGCAACAACAUUGACAGUGGAGAGCUGCAGGCUCUGAGAGCCCAGCUGGGCCAGGGCUGACGGCUCCUGGAUUGGGAGGGCUGGCUGGGUUCCAGCGAUUCCCCAAGAGGCUCCUGAACACUCCAGUAGCUGGCUGAGGGGCCUCUGUGCUCAUGGAUGACAGUGGAAACUGCCCUGUGCUGCUGUGCUGGCUGCCUCCUGCAGGAAGCCCUCCUGAACUGCUCCCCGUGGCUCUCCCACAACUCUGGCCAAUAAACCCUUUCUGAGGUGA